CACAUCCUCCAAAAACCCAGAAGUACGGAUCACUUCACUUUUAGCAGGUCAGGGCAGGGCAUUUCCCUCUGUUCAUCUCCAUUUGAUCUCAAUUUUUUCUUCCACCUUUGCUUGAAUACAACAGAGAGAGAUAGAGACUUGGGAGGCGCGGAAGGGAGUGAUCCUCCUGUGAAAGUGGUAGUGGAGCACACUAUUCUUCGCUGUAUGUCAGAGGAGAGCUGUUGCUAUUUCUACGGCGAUCAGUAUUACGGCGGUUACAGUGAGCUCGCAAAUCCAUUGCAAUGGCCUCAACUCCGGAAAAAGCGACGCUCCAAUCUAGAAAUGACUCCGUCGUCGCCGCUGCCGACGGCGAUGUUUUGCAGGAAUGGACCUCCUCCGUCGAACGCCAGAUCGGCCAGCGGGAAGCUGUCGCCGCCGCUUCUCCCCUGGCGGCCGUGAUCGACUCCAUUGAACAACCUCCUGCUUCUUCUGCUAAAGUUUCAGUACUACCAAACACUAUGAGGGCUCAAAGCCGCCAUCCAUUAGAUCCUUUAACUGCCGCUGAGAUCUCAGUGGCUGUGGCAACUGUCAGGGCAGCUGGGGCAACUCCUGAGGUGAGAGAUAGCAUGCGGUUUGCUGAAGUUUCAUUGGUGGAACCUGAUAAGAAUGUGGUUGCAUUAGCAGAUGCCUACUUCUUUCCUCCAUUUCAGCCAUCAUUACUACCCAGGACUAAAAAGGGUCCUGUAAUUCCCAGUAAGCUUCCUCCAAGGCAGGCAAGACUUGUAGUUUAUAAUAAGAAGUCAAAUGAGACCAGCUUCUGGAUUGUUGAACUCUCUGAGGUGCAUGCUGUAACUCGGGGUGGCCACCAUAGGGGUAAAGUCAUUUCGUCAAAGGUUGUGCCUGAUGUACAGCCUUCAAUGGAUGCUGCUGAAUAUGCUGAAUGUGAAGCUGUUGUGAAGGAUUUCCCUCCUUUUCGGGAGGCAAUGAAAAAGAGGGGUAUUGUGGAUAUGGAUCUUGUGAUGGUGGAUGCCUGGUGUGUUGGUUAUUACAGUGAAGCUGAUGCACCUAGUCGCAGACUUGCAAAACCACUUAUUUUCUGUAGAACCGAGAGUGAUUGUCCAAUGGAAAAUGGUUAUGCUCGUCCAGUUGAAGGACUUUACAUACUGGUUGAUAUGCAAAAUAUGGUUGUUAUAGAGUUUGAAGAUCGUAAGUUGGUUCCCCUACCCCCUGCUGAUCCAUUGAGAAAUUAUACUCCUGGGGAAACCAGAGGAGGGGUUGAUCGCAGUGAUGUAAAACCUCUACAUAUUAUUCAACCAGAAGGUCCUAGCUUCCGUGUCGAUGGACACUUUGUUCAGUGGCAGAAGUGGAAUUUUCGCAUUGGCUUCACCCCCAGAGAAGGUUUAGUUAUCUACUCAGUUGCAUAUGUUGAUGGUAGUAGAGGCCGUCGGCCUGUGGCUCACAGGUUAAGCUUUGUUGAGAUGGUAGUUCCUUAUGGGGAUCCAAACGAUCCUCACUACAGGAAAAAUGCAUUUGAUGCAGGGGAAGAUGGCCUUGGUAAAAAUGCUCACUCGCUAAAGAAGGGUUGUGAUUGCUUAGGCUACAUCAAGUACUUUGAUGCACACUUCACAAAUUUUGCUGGAGGUGUCGAAACAAUUGAAAACUGUGUUUGCAUGCAUGAAGAGGAUCAUGGAAUCUUGUGGAAGCAUCAAGACUGGAGAACGGGCUUAGCUGAAGUAAGGCGUUCGCGACGGCUGACAGUAUCUUUCAUAUGUACUGUGGCUAACUAUGAAUAUGGCUUCUUCUGGCAUUUUUAUCAGGAUGGGAAAAUUGAAGCUGAGGUUAAGCUUACAGGGAUUCUCAGUCUUGGAGCUUUGCAGCCAGGGGAAGUAAGAAAAUAUGGGACCACUAUUGCUCCUGGUCUAUAUGCACCUGUUCAUCAACACUUCUUUGUGGCUCGUAUGGACAUGGCCGUUGAUUGCAAGCCUGGAGAAGCACAUAACCAGGUGGUUGAGGCAAAUGUUAAAGUUGAAGAGCCUGGAGAGAAUAAUGUCCAUAACAAUGCAUUUUACGCAGAAGAGAGAUUGCUCAAAACUGAAUUGGAAGCCAUGCGUGACUGUAAUCCUUUAUCUGCUCGGCACUGGAUUAUCAAGAACACAAGAACAGUCAAUCGCACUGGACAGUUAACAGGCUACAAGCUUGUACCUGGCUCGAACUGUUUACCAUUAGCUGGUACAGAGGCAAAAUUUCUGAGAAGAGCUGCUUUCCUGAAACACAAUCUAUGGGUUACACCGUAUGCACGUAAUGAGAUGUUUCCUGGAGGAGAGUUUCCUAAUCAGAAUCCACGUGUUGGAGAGGGAUUGGCUUCUUGGGUUAAACAGAAUCGACCUCUGGAAGAAACCGACAUUGUUCUUUGGUAUGUUUUUGGAGUGACUCAUGUUCCUCGGCUGGAAGACUGGCCGGUAAUGCCUGUGGAGCGCAUUGGUUUCAUGCUCAUGCCGCAUGGAUUCUUUAAUUGCUCACCAGCAGUAGAUGUGCCCCCAAGCUCCGCGGAUCCAGAUCCCAAGGAAAAUGGAGUGAUUACAAAGCCAUGCCAUCCUGGCUUGGUUGCAAAGCUUUGAAGGGAAAGCUGUAGCUGCUUCUGCUUGUUUUAUAUCCGUUGAUUUGUGUCUAAUAAUAUGUGCAACCGUACCGUUGGUGGAUUCUUGAAGUGCAUUUGCCAUGUUUUAAGUCAUAUUUUGUGGUUUUGGAGUUUAAACUUUGUUUACCAAUUCUGUUGUUCAUUCGGCUUGGUGAUCUUUGUUUGUAAUACUGUUUUAUUAUGUGUCCAACCAUAGCGUUGGUGGACUCUUUUCUAGCCCUGUUUAAGGCUAUGAGUAGCAAUGUUGAAUGAAGAAACCUCACUAUCCAAAAAUGAAACAACACUGCAUUCUAAAUUUCCA